AUGAAGGACGACUCAGACAGCAAAGACGACACCGAAGAACUCAAGCGCCAGCUCAACAAGACCAACAGCGACUUCAAGGCAAUGCGCGAAAUGUUCAACCAGAACGCCGCAGCCCUUAGCGAACUCCAGGAACAAGCCCGCAAGAACCAGGAUCUGGAGAAAGAAGUCGCCACCCUCCGAGCUGCCGCCAACGACAUCUUCUUCAGCUUCACAGGCUAUAUCAAGGCCCUAGAAUCUCUCUUCCUUGACCCUGAUGAACGAAGACAGGCUGAGCGAGACCUAUCCCACCUACGACAAACCAAGUCAGCCACGCUCUACGCCGCAGAGUUUAGGCGAUUAGCUGCAAGACUCCACAUAACCGACGAAAGCAAAGUUUUUGCCUUUUAUCAAGGACUUAAGGAUGAUAUCAAAGACGAAAUAGCCAAACUAGAGACACCUCCUAGCUUCCUCGCCUAUAUCGAACAUAUUAUUAAGGUUGACAACCGCCUCUAUAAACAACAAAAGGAACGAGGAGAGAAACGAUAA